AAAUUGUUCAUAUUCUGUAUGCAGUUUCAAUUGAAAUACUUCGAUAAAACGGUUAUUAUUCCGUUGACUCAUACAAUAAAGUUGUUUAUCAUUAAAAUCAAUAUCUCAUAUUGCACUAUCCAUUUUACUUAACGUUGUAUCUAUACUUAGUAGAUUGAUUAGUAGUUGUGUUUUAUCGCUUCCAAGACAUCUGUGUCGGUUUUAAAAUUCACGUUGUAACUGCGAAAUUAUUCAAACGGUGUCAGGUGUUCGGGUCCCUGCGUCGCCCGUCGCCCGCACCACGCGAACUAAAACUUCGCGCACAUGCCUCACCCCGUCCCAAUUCGAACGCCACACAUCAAAACACGACCACAGUGUAGAAUUUAUCGCCCCCACAUUGUUACUAUCUGGAGCGCCACGGAAAAAUAGAGCAUGAAUAUUUUUUGUUUAUGUCGCGUAGCAUCCCAGACUGGUUAUUUCCGAUCGCAUGCAUGCUCCUGCGCGAAAGAGACCGCAAUACCUGUCACAUAAACACAAGUGAUUGAUUGACCCGCACCCGACUAAUGCUUAUAGGAAGCUAUAAACAGCUGGCGAUUUUGUUCGGAACUUUGUUCAAGUUUGUUUGUAAUAGGAUUCCAACUAUGCUUUUCGUCAAAUCACGACAGACAUUAUUAUCGAGGAGAUGACAGACAAAAUUUGGUCCGGCUCGUUUGUUGGACCUACUAGGAGCGCAUAGACUCCGUAGUGAUUUUCUGAAAUGAUACGCCGUUGAUUGAGACGUUCCUUUGUCGUCUUAUUGGACUCUCGUCCACACUUUCUCCCAUUGACGUUUAUAUUGUCAUUCGGAGUAAGUUUGUCGUACCUUACCCUCGUAAAAAUAAAUAAACCUAAAGAAUAUUUUCCUUUGUCAAGGCAGGAAAUCUGUUCAUGAUACGCGUAAAUCCGUCCUCGUCCCCUGUCUGUCCCGGUGUUGUUAAAAGGACUCGUCUCGGCGUUUUGUUAACGCGCCAUUUCCUUGUCAACGCCGUCAACCCCGUCCGGGGUAAUCUUCUCUAAGCCCCGGAGAGUUUCUCGGACGGAUAGUGCCGCUGACACGAGCAAACAUAUCAACGUAGAUUCGUAAACAUACUCAUUAAAAGUAUACCGCGCCUAUUGGCCGUGGAGGAUGUUGCGUCCAGUUUUCAUUGGGUUACGACGGUGAGUCAGCUAUGCGGAGUAGCUUUGCUGUGUCACCCGGCUGUCAUCAGAACGAUCGGCCGUCACUGCACGUCCACCUCGCGCAUCGCACGCACGCUUGCAUUACGCAGCGCACCACCCCUCGAAGCAGAAUACGUGUCGCCGUCUCUGUCUGUCGCAUUGCAGCGCUCAUCGCGGCGGCGUCUGUCCUGCUCUAGCGAGGGGCGUGCGGGGCGGGGGCGCUGCAGGCGGGUCGUAAAUCACGCGGUGUCUCAUUCCACGCGGGAGCGCCGCCGUCGCCGCCGGCUCGCGCACUUCCCUCCCGACCGCGGGUCUCGCGGCGCGUCUUUCGCGACGUGUUUACACUUCAUCCUAUUUUUGGGAAGUCACAAGUUGUCUUGUUUGAAUGGUGUUUUUCUUAUUAAAAAGUGAUAUUUGAUGGAUCCGAGAGACUUUUUGCGCGCUCCGUUUCGGAUAUAUUGAAAAAAUUUCGUCCAAAAUGAUCGUCGAGCCCGACCACGUGAGGGAGAGCCCGAGAUGUCUGUCGCGGGAGUCGUCGGGUGCUCCGCGAUGUCCCUCCAAUGACUCGGUGUACUCCGGGCGCAGCGGGCCGGGCCUCCCCCUCUCCGCUGCGCUGACGGCCGCCCUACCCGCCGCAUUGCCCGCUGCACUCCUCCCUCCGCACUCUGCAGCUGUCGCCGCCUACCUAGGCGCCGCUGCAGCGGCCGCAGCGCAGCAACGACUCUUCAUGUCGUGUCAAGAUGACAUGACCGAUUCCGAACGAGCUGAUGCCGUCUUGGAUUUCAGCACCAAGCGGAGUGAUUCACCUCACGACGACGAAGAUGCUGAUGAUGCUGUUAAUCUCAGUAAAAAUGAGAAUGGUCCUUUGGACCUGUCGGUGGGCACGAGGAAAAGAGGACCGGACGAAUCACCAUCUCCGGUCCCUACGAGGAAAAGUUCUCGGUCUAUAGAGUUUAAACCAUCUCCAUCACCAUGGACAACUCCUGUUGCACCUCAUUUGCCAUAUUUUGCAGCGGCUGUAGCCGCAGCAAGCUUAUCUCCAAAAGGUGGAGUACCUGCGGAUUGGAAUGGUAAAUUAAAACAUGGAGCGCCGACACCGAGUGAUGCGACUAAAGCGUUAGAAAAGAUGAGCGAGCUAAGCAGACUGGGUGGUGAGGAACUGUUUCGAUCUGUACAAAGUGCGGCUUUGGGCGCUGGUCUCGCUCCAAAUGCAGCUGCCAGACAUUCUGCUUGGCAAUCGCACUGGCUUAAUAAAGGCGCCGAUCAAACGAAGGAUGUCCUGAAAUGUGUUUGGUGUAAAAAGAGUUUCAACUCCCUUGCAGACCUGACAGUUCACAUGAAAGAAGCCAAGCAUUGCGGAGUCAACGUGCCCGUACCUCCAGGGACUGGUGCACCGAUACCUCCCUCUUUGCAGCCACCGUCUAGUUCACCUUCAACGCCAUCUCAUAAUUCAUCGUCUUCUAGUGGUUCUUCUAAACCAAAUCAGAGCGACCUGAAUAUGCUAAUAAAAGAGAAUAUGCCGAUUCCAAGAAAGUUAGUUCGAGGUCAAGACGUUUGGUUAGGUAAAGGUGCCGAGCAAACUAGGCAAAUAUUGAAAUGCAUGUGGUGUGCGGAAAGCUUCCGUUCGCUGGCCGAAAUGACUAGCCACAUGCAACGAACUCAACACUAUACAAACAUUAUUUCACAAGAACAGAUUAUAUCGUGGAAGUCUUCCGAUGAAGCAAAAGGUUCUAAUUCUAGCGGCCCCGGGGCAAAUAAUGCAGUACCUCCAACCACAGGUACAAGUAGUCACGUUAGCGCUGUUUUAACUUGUAAAGUGUGCGAUCAAGCAUUUAGUUCCUUGAAAGAAUUAAGUAAUCAUAUGGUCAAAAAUUCACAUUAUAAAGAGCACAUCAUGCGGUCUAUUACGGAGAGUGGAGGUAGGCGACGCCAAACUCGCGAAAAGAGGAAGAAAUCUUUACCAGUUAGGAAACUCUUAGAGUUAGAAAGGGCACAGCACGAGUUCAAAAAUGGGGAGGGUAAUGGGGUUCCUAUGGGAAAACCAAUUAGGGACUUCGGGACAGGUAGCCGUAUUACUUGUGAAAAAUGCGGUGAUAAAAUUGAGACUGCUGUAUUUGUCGAACACAUUCGACAAUGUAUAGGUGCACCCAUGUCAAAUAGCCAAAGGAAUUUUCUGAAGAGUGCUCUUCUUUCAAAUAAUAUUCCCAUUCCUCCUGAUGUACCUGGUCAUGUUACGCCAACUAGUCGCGACGGUCGAAAGAGUAUUAAUGAAGAAUUACCCUCUCCGGGUUCAGCUCACCAUCGCUCACCUUCUUCCGUGAAUGAUUCUUCCCCUAGUUCCAAAGAUCCCAAUGCGAGUAAUGAUAAAAGUUCGUCGCCUUCGGUUCUAAAUGCCAUAGAACAAUUGAUAGAAAAGAGUUUCGAUACGCGAUCGCGACAUUCUGUACCCGGAAUGCCUGGCGGGGCAUCACAUGCGCCCAUCGGUUCUAGUAUUCUUAAAAGAUUAGGAAUAGAUGAGAGUGUAGACUAUACGAAACCAUUGGUAGAUCCUCAAACAAUGAAUAUGUUGAGGAACUACCAUCACCAACAAGGCUACGGUCGCCGCGAACGUAGUGGCAGUGAAUCUAGUUCAAUGUCAGAGCGAGGCGGUAGCAGAGUUGAAUCUCUUACACCUGAUAGGAAAUUAGAUGCGUAUCACAUGACUCCACGAACCACUCCAGAUACUCGCGGCUCUCAAACUCCCGCUUCUGAGGAUCGUCCCACUGAAGUACGAAUAAAACGGGAAGUUACUGAGGAGGAUGAUCGUGAGAAUGGGGUAGAUCUAAGCAGUCAGCCAGUGCGUGUAAAGACUGAGGUCGAUGAUGAUGAGGAACCUCCUCGACCAGGUAGCUCGAAUGAGGAAGAAAUGAAAGCGGUUCCAAAACGAGAAAGCGAGGGCCCGAGCCCCGCUGCUAGUCCUCGUAGCCCAGCCAGCGAUCGUUCAGCUCACACUCCUGGAGCUGAUAGAAAGCCGGCUUCCAGUUUAGGCGCGCUAUCUUCUAUGUUCGACAAUUUAGCCAGCGGUGGCUCGUCUAACGAACCGAGUUCGUCUCGCCGUAGCGGCAGUCAUCCAUUAGCGGCACUUCAGAAGUUGUGCGAUAAAACUGAGAAUAAUCCAUCUCGUGCUCCCGCACCGGCACCAUCACCGGCUGGUCCCCCGAGUAUUCUUACGUUUAGCUGGGCUUGUAAUGAUGCAGUAGUUACGGACUCGAUAAUGAAGUGCGCUCUUUGCGACACGCCAUUUAUUUCGAAGGGAGCCUAUCGGCAUCAUCUUUCUAAAAUGCAUUUCGUGAAAGACGGGGCUUUGCCGGAGCCGGUUCCGAUGAAAGCACCUCCAGCGGCCGCGUCACCGGGCACUCACAAGAGUGGAGGCUCGAACACAGCUUCGCCGCAGGACCCUCGUAGUCCUUCUCAGUCGUUCGACGAAAGUCCUCAUUCCAAGUUCCUCAAGUAUACCGAACUUGCGAAGCAGCUUUCCAGUAAAUACGUGUAGACUGUACAUAGGUCAACGGGCCAUCAAUUGUGAUGAUACCAUAUCCAGCUACGUUAAACCUUACUAGGGUUAGGUCGCCGCGGCGACGCUAAGUAUUUCGAAACUCUUUGCCAAUUUAAUUAUUUAGAUAAUUAUUGUUAGAGUUCACCGCAUCGUUCGGUUAGUGUAAUUUACGACUAGUGACUUAAGUAUA